AUGUAUUUUUAAAAUGCAAGUCUUUAAAGUGAUUUAUAAUCAACCGAUUGGAGAGAAUAAACUUUUGAAUAGGAGGUUGAAUAGUGGGAUUUUAUUAAAAACAAGUUAGUGAAAAUACAAAUUCAAAUAAAUUUUACUAAAAAUCACUAAAUUGUAUAUUUAAAAGAUGGAGCAAUAAUGAGAAUGUAUAUGUUUUGUAAGUUAAAAAAGUGAAUAAAUUCAAGAUACCAUCAAGAAGCCAGAAAUAUUAAAGAAUCUGGAUCAAAUCCAAUAACUUACAUGGUAAGGUUAAUAUGGGUUGAACAAAAAGAAAAAUGGAAAAUGGAUAGCAUUUUGGGAUGGAGAAGUUUAUAUGAAAGUUGGAGGAUACUAUUUAGAGGGAUUAAAGCAAGGUUAAUGGAAAGAAAUAUUUGAAAAUUAUAUUUAUACAAAUGAUAGUAAAGCUAAGGUUUUGUAAAUUGGAGAAUACUCUUCAGGACUAAAAAAGGGUAAAUGGAAUUAUAUUUAAGACUCAAUUAAAAUGUAUGUAGUUAAAUAAUUAUUUAGUGCAGGUGGAUAUUAUAAUGAGCAAGAAUAAAAAAUUGGAAAGUGGAUAGAAUUGAGGGAGGGCUUUUAGGAGAAUUCUUAAAUUACUUUCUAUGGUGAAUAUAAUAUGAAAGGUAUAAAGAUAGGGAGAUGGGAUUUCAUAUUUAAGAAGAAUUAGGAAUAUAAAUUAAUGUAAAAAUUAUUAAAAUAAGGUAAUAAUAUAUUAGCGGUGGGGGAUUAUAUGGGGAUGAAGGAUAGAAUAAAAUUGGGAGAUGGAUAGAGUUAGAUGAAGGAUUUUGUUAGUUGAAAUAAGUCAUUUAUGAAGGUGUGUAUACUAAAAUGGGCAAAAAAGUAAGUAGAUGGGAUAUUAGUUAUUAAGAUCUUUAUGGAAAUAAAACAUACAAAUUAAUGUAAAUAUUUUAAUUAUAAGGCUACAAUUUAUAAGUGGUGGAGGAGUUUAUGAAGAGGAUGGAUAGAAUAAAGUUGGGAGAUGGGUUGAGCUAGUUGAAGGAUUUUGUAAGUUGAAAUAAGUUACUUACAAUGGUAUGUAUAAUAAAAGUGGUAUGAAGGUAGGUAGAUGGGAUAUCAAGAUUUUAAGAACAGAAAAUGCUGGAUAUAAAUAAAUGUGAAAAUAAUAGAUUAAUUAUAAUAAUUUUUUAGUGGUGGUGGGUCAUAUACCAAAGAUGGUUUAAUAAAGAUUGGUAAAUGGAUAGAGUUGGAUGAAAGGUUCGAUUAUUUCAAAUAAGUUACUUAUACAGGUGAAUAUAAUAUAAAGGGUUUGAAGGUUGGAAAAUGGGACAUUAAUCAUUGUUUGAAUAAUGAUGAUUUUUAUAAGUAGAUGUAAAUAUUAUAAUAAAAUUUUAGUGGAGGAGGAUUAUAUGAUUCAAAAGAGGGUUAGAAAAAGAUUGGAAGAUGGGUGGAGUUAGAUAAAGAAUUUACUAGGUCUACUUUCCAUUCAAAAUAGGUCAUUUAUAUUGGCGAAUAUAACAAAAUGGGUUUAAAGGUUGGAGAUUGGGAUAUUUAUUAUUGUUAGGAUUAUGAUAAAGAAUAUAAUAAGAUGUAAAUAUUUUAUAAGAAUAGUAAUAAUAUGUUAGUGGUGGAGGAUCAUAUGAUUUAGAAGAUGGUGAAAAAAAGAUCGGGAGAUGGGUAGAAUUGGAUUUAGAGUUUAAAACACCAAAAUAAGUCACAUAUAUUGGUGAAUAUAAUACGAAGGGUAUGAAAGUUGGUAGAUGGGAUACAUGGUUUAACUGUAAUAGAAAUAAUAAAUUAAUGUAAAUAUUAUUUGUAUAAAAUAAAUAGAGGUGGAGGAUCAUAUGCGGUUGAGGGUUGGAAAAAGAUAGGAAAAUGGGUAGAGCUGGAUGAAAAGUUUGAUUCAACGUAAUAAAUCACUUUUAUUGGUGAUUAUGAUGUAAAGGGUAUGAAAGUAGGUAGAUGGGAUAUAUGGUUUAACUGUAAUGGAAAUAAUAAAUAAAUGUAAAUUAUUUUUAUAUAAAUUAAAUAGUGGCGGUGGAUCAUUUGCAGAAGAUGGUUUUAAAAAGAUUGGAAAAUGGACCGAAUUAGUGAAAUGGUUUAAUCCAAUUGAAUAAGUCACUUUAAAUGGCGAAUACAAUAUGAAAGGCAUAAAGAUAGGCAUAUGGAUAUAAAUGGAUUUAAAAAAAGCAGUUUAAGUUAAAAAAGAAAUUUAAUAUAAUUGAAAAAUCAGUAAUAAUCGUCUAUUUAAAAAAUAUAGUAAUUGCAAAUUAUUUUAUGAAUCUUAU